AUGCAUAGCCAGAGCGCCGACUUAGAAUCCAGUGGCUCCGCUUAUAAAGCAACUUCCGCUUACUACUAUGUUGGGGCUGAUAUAAUCCGCACGCCUACGCGUGCAGAAGUUGAGAGGCGCCUAGGCGUGUCCCUAUGGUGCCCCGCCGAUCAGCCUCGUGGAAUGGAUUGCAACUGGGCUCAGUUUACUUGCGAAUUUGACGGCAUCAUGCUGGACGGCAUGCAGUCUUUGGCUCUCUGGCAAGAAGCAUUCGGCAACCCGAUAUGCGAGACUUUUAGUCGAAAGAAACCUAUCACACUUGGCACCUUCCUGAUAUUAUAUGACACAGUGGUUGUUGGCUAUCUUGUUGCUGCUUGGACUACGUUCAGCACGUUCAAAAUGAACUCUUCUUGGAGCUGGAGGCUUCCUAGCCUCUUGCAGGGCGUUCCCGCUAUUCUGUAG